GUCAGGUCGAGAACACCAUAUAUGAGUUUACACCAUCCCGAACCGGAGACAAGGGACUCGGGGAAACUCCAAGGAAUUUAAAAAGGCUCUGUAAGGAUGUAGUUGCUAUCAAGAAGCAUUUUGAAACUCGCUUGAACAGCCAGGAUUCUAAUUUUUUAUUCAAUUCUGCUGUCGCCGUGCUUCGCCUUGUUGCUCGCUUCAACAGGGAGUCCAGGGAUAUGCCUUUUGACUGGAAAACAAAGCAACUUUAUAAACCGAACAAGUGGUUUGAGCGUUAUUGGAGUUUGAAGUAUCCUUCUCAGGAUGGGAAUAGCGUAACCUGGAGUGAGGCCUUGAAGGGAAAUGGUACACAUAUCAAAACAAAGAAUGACGUGUGUGUUACAAAAGAAGUCGGGAUGGUAGAGCCAAUCGAGGACCCAAAUUGUCUUACACUUUGUGGUCUCAGAAGACAUUUAGCACGAGCUACUCCCAGCCGCUCGACUGAUCCACUCCUGGUGAACGGUCUUGGAUGGGUACCACAUUUGCUUGAUGCAAAUAAGAACUGUGCUGAAACCUGCGAUCUUCCCUUGAAUGGAGAGGAGAAGAAAAUAUGGCAGAAGUUCAAAAAAUUCGAUAAGAGGACUGUAUCUGCAUGAUAAUCAUCUUAUUUUUUUAAUCUCCAUGUUCAUACUUAUGUUGCAUACACACAUGGUGUGUUAUUUAUUAAUUAUAUAUUUCAUGUGUUUGGCAGCCUGAAGUAAUAAACUUUAAUUCUAUCGAGGAAGGAAAAAGGUCAAUUGAACUUGAUCAUCCCAUUGUUGGUCUUGUUGGUAACUUUGCUGUUGCUGCCUUCAACGAGGCCUGUCAAAUGCAUGUUAAGAAGGACGUACACAACAACCUCCAUGAUUUUGAAAUUUUGGAGUGCAAAUACCUGAAAAUUGCAAAGGCUUAUUACUUCUACAUGACCAUAGAGGCCAUUGAGGAAGGGAAUCUUGGCGUCUACGAGACUAAAGUUGUGUGCAAUAAUGACGGCAGGAGAACUUUGAGCAAGUUUCUUCUUACCAAUCGUACACCAGCUGGUACGAAAGCAAUGGCUAUAUCCUUCUUUUCUUGCGUGAGAUCCAUAUGCAAAAGUUUGGACGGUAUCGUGACACCCAAAGUAGACAGGAUGCAUGCAAUACACAGAUAUCUAACAGGACCUAACGCAGCGAUCGCUGAGGCGACACGCCUACUAAUGCUUAAAGAUGCCACUUUGAGAGGUCUUCGCCAAGUGAUUUCUCUGGGCCUUCCACUGCUCUUUCCACAAGAGUGCAUUCGCACGACUAAUCCAGAUGGUUGGUCUAAUCCUGAUGAUAACUUUAGCCAGAUGGUCCGUAGAGCCAAGGGUACCCCUUGUAGGGGUUACGACUAUGACAACCCCACUUUGCAUUGGCAGGUUUUUCAGUCGCAUUGAUAUGAUGGCUAGGAUUAAAGGGACUAAAAAGAUCCAAAUGCUUCAUUGAACAGAAAAAGGGUCAAAGCAACUAUGUGAAGUGAUACACUUACUCUUGGAAUUUCAAGAGCCAAAGUUCCCUCACCAGUCACCACCACUACUUUAAUUUUUACCUUCAAUUUAUUGUGAUCAGGAGAUUCUCAAAUCUUUAUCUUAUGCUACAAGUAUCAUUAUGGUAGGUUGGGUGUAGCCACUAAUUUAUUUAUUCGCCCAUGUCAUUUUAUGGUGUUGAUGCGAUAAAGCAAAGGUGCUGAUUUAGUGAAGAGACUAUAUAUAACUUGUUAGAGCAGUUUUCAAAGCAUCUGUAACAUAUAUGUAUCUAGUUCGCUUUUGUCAGAUUACUAAAUUAUGUACAUAAAAGCUCGGGAAUUCAAUUUUUAAAGUUAAGAUAUGUUUUGGAUGUUUAUGGAAAUCGGGUUCAGGAUUUAGAUGCA